CACCACUAGCCAGUGUCAGCCUCUCGGCGAGAGGAGGCGGUGGCGGAGGAGGAGCAGGGGGAGGGCUGUCAAAUUCGGGAGCCAGAUUUUUUUCCCUUCCCCUGGCAAUCCCUUCCGCUUCCCCGGCUCCUGGCUUGACAUCUCCGGACUGGGGACCUGUAUGUGUGUGCGUGCGGAGGAGCGGAAGAAUGGUAGUGCUCAAACUCACAGACCAGCCACCGCUGGUCCAGGCAAUCUUUAGUGGAGACCUAGAGGAGAUACGGAUGCUCAUCCACAAAACCAAAGAUGUGAAUGCCCUGGAUUCUGAGAAGCGGACCCCGCUUCAUGUGGCCGCGUUUCUGGGAGAUGCAGAGAUCAUUGACCUCCUGAUUCUGUCAGGAGCUCGUGUAAAUGCCAAGGACAACAUGUGGCUGACCCCACUGCACCGGGCUGUUGCCUCCAGAAGUGAAGAGGCGGUGCGACUAUUGAUUAAGCACUCAGCUGAUGUCAAUGCGAGGGACAAGAACUGGCAGACCCCACUCCAUGUGGCAGCAGCCAAUAAGGCUGUCAAGUGUGCCGAAGUGAUCAUUCCCUUGCUGAGCAGCGUCAAUGUCUCCGACCGAGGAGGGCAGACAGCCUUGCACCAUGCGGCUCUGAAUGGCCAUGUGGAGAUGGUCAAUUUACUCUUGUCCAAAGGGGCAAAUAUCAACGCAUUUGACAAGAAGGACCGGCGUGCUCUACAUUGGGCAGCAUAUAUGGGCCACCUGGACGUUGUGGCAUUGCUCAUUAACCAUGGCGCAGAAGUGACAUGUAAGGAUAAGAAGGGUUACACGCCCCUGCACGCCGCAGCCUCCAAUGGACAGAUCAAUGUUGUCAAACACCUCCUGAAUCUGGGGGUGGAGAUUGACGAAAUCAACGUCUAUGGAAAUACUGCCCUUCACAUCGCCUGCUACAAUGGCCAGGAUGCUGUAGUUAAUGAGCUGAUUGACUAUGGUGCUAACGUGAACCAGCCAAACAACAACGGGUUCACCCCUUUGCAUUUUGCUGCUGCCUCCACUCAUGGUGCUUUGUGUCUUGAACUGCUAGUCAACAACGGGGCGGAUGUUAACAUCCAGAGUAAAGAUGGCAAAAGUCCACUGCACAUGACAGCUGUCCAUGGGAGGUUCACACGGUCACAAACCCUCAUUCAGAACGGAGGCGAAAUUGACUGUGUGGAUAAGGACGGCAAUACUCCCCUCCAUGUGGCUGCAAGAUACGGACAUGAGCUUUUGAUUAACACCCUAAUAACCAGCGGAGCCGACACAGCCAAGUGUGGAAUCCAUAGCAUGUUCCCCUUACAUUUAGCAGCCCUAAAUGCUCACUCCGACUGCUGCAGAAAGUUGUUGUCAUCGGGCUUUGAAAUAGACACCCCAGAUAAAUUUGGAAGAACAUGCCUUCACGCUGCUGCUGCAGGAGGUAAUGUGGAUUGUAUAAAACUCUUGCAGAGCAGCGGAGCAGAUUUCCAUAAAAAGGACAAGUGUGGGAGGACCCCUUUGCACUAUGCAGCUGUGAAUUGUCAUUUCCACUGUAUUGAGACAUUAGUGACCACAGGGGCCAAUGUUAAUGAAACAGAUGACUGGGGACGGACAGCUUUGCACUACGCUGCCGCAUCAGACAUGGAUAGAAAUAAGACCAUCUUAGGAAACGCCCAUGAAAAUUCAGAAGAACUUGAAAGAGCCAGGGAGCUGAAGGAAAAGGAAGCAGCAUUAUGUUUAGAGUUUCUGCUUCAGAAUGAUGCAAACCCCUCUAUCCGGGACAAGGAAGGUUACAAUAGCGUACAUUAUGCUGCUGCCUAUGGCCACAGGCAGUGUCUGGAGUUGCUUUUAGAAAGAACUACCAGUGGAUUUGAAGAAUCAGAUUCUGGUGCUACCAAGAGUCCGCUUCACUUGGCUGCCUACAAUGGGCACCAUCAAGCCUUGGAAGUCCUUCUGCAGUCUCUGGUGGACCUGGACAUCAGGGAUGAGAAAGGUCGCACUGCUCUGGACCUGGCUGCCUUUAAGGGACACACAGAAUGUGUGGAAGCACUUAUCAAUCAGGGCGCGUCCAUCUUAGUGAAAGACAAUGUAACCAAAAGAACCCCCCUUCAUGCCUCAGUAAUUAAUGGUCACACACUGUGUUUGCGGCUAUUACUAGAAAUUGCAGACAACCCAGAAGUGGUUGAUGUGAAAGAUGCCAAAGGACAAACCCCACUGAUGCUUGCAGUAGCGUAUGGCCACAUUGAUGCUGUUUCGUUGUUACUUGAAAAGGAAGCAAAAGUAGAUGCUGUUGAUAUCAUGGGAUGCACAGCUUUACACAGAGGGAUUAUGACGGGACAUGAGGAAUGUGUGCAAAUGCUGCUGGAACAAGAAGUGUCAAUUCUCUGUAAAGAUUGCAGAGGGAGGACGCCCCUGCACUACGCAGCCGCUCGUGGCCACGCCACGUGGCUCAGUGAGCUGCUCCAGAUGGCGCUUUCCGAAGAGGACUGUUCCUUCCAAGAUAAUCAAGGCUACACCCCACUGCACUGGGCUUGUUACAAUGGUAAUGAAAACUGUCUAGAGGUACUUUUGGAGCAAAAAUGUUUUCGCAAGUUUAUCGGUAAUCCCUUUACUCCGUUGCACUGUGCGGUAAUAAAUGAUCAUGAGAGCUGUGCCUCACUGCUGCUUGGGGCCAUAGAUUCCAGUAUUGUCAGUUGUAGAGAUGAUAAAGGAAGAACGCCCCUUCAUGCGGCAGCCUUUGGUGAUCACGUGGAAUGCGUGCAGCUUCUUCUGAGACACAGUGCUGAAGUGAACGCAGCAGAUAAUUCAGGGAAAACGGCACUGAUGAUGGCUGCUGAGAAUGGGCAGGCAGGCGCUGUGGAUAUUUUGGUGAACAGUGGCCAGGCUGACCUGACUAUAAAGGAUAAGGACUUGAAUACACCGUUACAUUUGGCUAGUAGUAAAGGUCAUGAAAAAUGUGCCUUGUUAAUACUUGACAAGAUACAAGACGAGAGCCUUAUUAAUGCAAAAAAUAAUGCACUGCAGACACCUCUCCACGUUGCUGCGCGCAAUGGCUUGAAGAUGGUAGUUGAGGAAUUGCUAGCCAAAGGGGCCUGUGUACUUGCUGUAGAUGAAAAUGGUCAUACCCCGGCCCUGGCUUGUGCUCCUAACAAAGACGUGGCUGACUGCCUGGCCCUCAUUUUGGCUACCAUGAUGCCCUUUUCUCCUUCCAAUACAAUGACGGCUGUCAACUUCGUUUGUUUUAAAAAAGACAAUUUGAGCAGAACGACCCUCUCCAAUCUGGGUAGCAUGGGUAGCCUGUGCAGUAACAACGUAGGUUCGGAGGAUGGGUACAAUGAAAAUGAUUCAGAUUCGGAAACAUUUUGACUUGGGACUGUAGACGUUUUCCUUGAUCACCCAUGUGGGAGGAAGGGAAAGAAGCUUGAAUUCCAAGAUUUUGUUGUUCGAGUAUUAUUGUGGGUCUAAACUCCCAGAAGCCAGUAAAGAAGGAAUUAAUCAAACCAAGGGAGGGCAGCUAUGCUGUAGGGGGAAGCAUUCACACAGAUGGACCCUGAUCUUGCUUUGUUCCAUGUUUUCCUUAGAUCUAAGGUAUUUCUAUGAAAGUCUACCUCUCAUUUUAAGUAAGGAAUAAAAAAUGUAUUUCUUUUUCCUUUGUGGGUAAUGAAACAGAGAGGAAGCUAUUCUCUAUAAGAGUUUUUUUUUUUUUUCAUGUACUCACCAGUGAGUUCUCAGAAGUCUAUCAAUGUGACAUUCAUGUCCCCUGGGAGGGGAAGGAAGGGGUGGAUAGGAAAUGCCUCAAAUCUCUCCUUACUUUGAUGUUUACUUCCUCACUAGAAGCCAAAGGUAAAGGGGUUCAUCUUCAGAAAUAAUGCCUGUAAUAAUCUUUUUAAGGGAGCCCAACUAUUCAUCUCCUCUCUAUAGUAAGCACUUAAAUAUCCAGAACUUCUUUCUGAGGAUGAAUUUAAAAAUCGAACUUGCUUUUAUUUUUUUUAACACAAGUAUGGCACCUAGUGCUCCCCAUAACAAGCUUGUGACUAAUUUUACCCAAGUGAUUGAAUCCAAAUCUAUCUACUAACAUUUUAGGUAAAAAUUAUAUUGUACCAAAAUUUUGAGACAGUAUGCAAAUUUAAAAUGAAACUACCUUUAUAAAUUCAUCCUUAAAUAAAAAUACUAACUUUUUGAAAACAUCAGAACUGUCAGCAUUUUUCAUCAAAUGUAGGAUGAAACAUCUCAUGUAGGAUGAAACAUAGUAAUAUGUUGCGUGAGCUUCUCAGUCAAGGUCAUGCCAAGUGAGUGAAAGUGUGACUGCAAAAGGGAACAAAGGAAGCACAAGCAAGAAAUAGAAAUGGGUGAUAUGGAAAUUAAAGCCAAUUGCCAGUUGUUUGAUGAUGAAAUCCGCAUAGUGAAUACUGUGUCUGCUCCCUCUGCCAAAGCUUCUAGGUCAAAUGGACCCCGUUCCGCACUUGGAACAGCUGUACAAAAAGAAGAAUAAGACUCUUUAAAAAAUAUGCACAUACAUAUGCACAUAUAUGUGUAUAUGUAUACAUACGUAUUUCAUCAACCAGCUAUACGUAAGGACCAAAAUGCGUCAGUUGAAAAUGGAAUAUUUAAAUUUUUUUCCUUCAAAAUGGAAGUGAGAAAUGUAUUAGCUUUUCUAUGGAGUGCAAAUGUAAUCUUUUUGUGUAACGGUCUUUGUUGUAUUUUAUAUUUCUUAUGACACAGAUUUCUAGUUGAUGGUUGAACAUUUGUAACUGAUGAUGUGUUUACCAUGGUUUAUUUUUUUGCCAAACUAAAGAAAUGUUCAUAUACUUUUAAUGUAAAUGUGUUUAUAUUUAUUUGAAAUGAAACAAAUGCCGAGGAAACAUGUCCAUUGUUUGUUGAUGUUUUAAUUGCUACGUGUCUUAUUUGGGAUAACAAAAAAGCAGACAAACACAUGCAACUCCAGGCUAGCCAGAAGCCCUGGGGCCAAGUCCAGCAUGUCCACUGCUAAGGUUUCCAGCUGACCUCUCAGGUUCUUCCACGUCGGUUGGGAAGAGGUACAAGAUCAAGAUCUGCGUCCCACCGCUCACCCCCAGUCUGCAACCAGCUUAGAAUUUAGAAGACUCUGCAGUCUUCAUACUCUUCUCCAGGGUGAAAGCUCAAGUGCGUAGAGGAACUUAUGUACAAAGGUGGCCCAAAGAAGGAUACAGAAAUUAUCCUAAAUACAUGGAAAACAUCUCACAUGGCCCCAAUAUCCUAAUGGGAAACAAUGUCAGUGUGCUGGCACAUGUGCUGAGAGGAGAAAUGGAAAUCACCAGCUCAAGCGCUACUUUCCACUUGAGGAAGAGACAGGAAAGAAACAUGCUGCGUUAGGGCAGUACUCGUCAGUGUUUUAUAACCAGUUCCAUUUUAGCCCUGGAAAUUUCUAUUUUAUAGUGUAUGUGAGAUAUUUUCUAAAACAGUGUUCCUAGCAUACCUAGAUAAAAUUCAGAUACUGUAUUAUAUUUUUCAUCUAACUGUAAAAAACCUUAAUCUUGCUCUUUUAAUAUCCUGAUUUAAUUAAAACUCAUGUUGGGCCCUUCACAAAUAAGAGUUUGUUCAAAAGACAUAGAAUUGGUAUGAAUUUCAUUGAAAAUUUUCAAAAUGACCAACAUUGUUUUUUUGAAUUCUUGGUGUUGUGUUCUCUUCCUUCCUCUGUUCUUUUUGUUUGUUCUAGAGAUUUUUUUUUUAAUAGAUAAAUUGCUUAUAAGCAAUAAUGACUUUAUAUUUACCAACACACUGAAAAUAAGGACGAUCCAGUGUUGAAGAAGUAUGAUAUACUGCGGUGUCUUUUUCUAGAAAUGAAUGGAAAUCUUGCUCGGUUGGCAUUUGAGGCAGGAAAUGCCUGCUUUCAUGGUGAAGCAGCGUUAACAUUUUUCUGUAGAGUAGCAGAGAGAACAAGGAAUGCUGCAGCAGCACGCAGUGACUGAUCACAUGCCAUUAUCACCACAGAGCUGCAUCUUGACUUUUCCCCCACUCUCUUAUUGGUAGAAGGAGGACAAAGGAACAAAGUGAAAACAUACACCCGAUGAACUGUUCAUUGAAUCUGUCUCUUUCUUUCUUUCCCCAAAGACCAAGUUGUUUUUUUCCUUGGAAAAAAAUGGAUAAAAAAACUAUAAUUUCUGUAUUUUUUAAGUAAUGUCUCCUAGAAAGAAAAUUACAUUUGCAACAUAGCUUUCUAAGAAAAAAAAAAGAAAACAUUGUGUUUUUAAUUGAGGCUUCGUUGUUUAAUGCUUUCACCUUAAGCAUUGUUUUUAGCCUGUAUUUUAACCACAGCCACGGGGCUCAUGUUCCGUCGCAUUUACCUGUUCGCCAGCGUCUGCCUAUCUUUGGUAAAUCGUUACUAUCUCCAAAUUGCCUAAAAUCUGCUCUGAUUCUACAGUAAAUAGCUCAGGGGAUUUCUAUUUGUCACUACUAAAAGGGCACCAUAGUAUGUUUUGGUACUUGAGGCAGUAAACAGCUACUUGAUUUAUUAUUUUAUUAUGAAAUUAGAACAUCAGAUGGACUUGCUGCACUAGUUACUCUUUGUACUGUUGAGCAACUUGGUUUGCUUAUCUGUUGCAUUGGUUGAAGAACUCAUCCCAUUUUUGUCUUGUAAUAUGAAGUUAGAGUGCCUUUUUAUAUUUGUAUAUUUUGAAAAUGUUCUGUGAAAUGUUUUGUAAUUUUUUCAUUUGAGUGUUAUAAGAGCAAUAUAAGACCUGUGAGUUUUCAUUUCAAACCUCCUUUGAUUGUGUAAAGUGUCUUUUUUCCUCUUUCACCUGCUUUGAAAUGAAAAUGAAUAUGCUAAAAUGUUCUAUAGGAAGUAUGUUUGAUUUUGCAGUUGCUAAAACGCUUUCUUCUUACGAAACUGUAAACCAUAGGCCAGUGUUAUAGGGGAAAAGCAUUUUAAAAAACACGUUUGUGACAAUCUGAGUGUGUGUAUAAAAUGUAAUUCUGUGUGUUCCUUAUGGAGUGGUCUAAAAUUUCAAUGCAAAUAUCUUUUGUUUGGUAGUUUUGUCUACGUAUGUUAUGCUUCAGCAUGUGCAAUAUAUCUUUGCAAAGCACGAUGAUGCAAAUCUGGUGCCAGUGUUAUAUUUUGCAUAACAUAUUUGUAAUAGCAGAAAAUAUUGUUUGAUGAUUUCAGUGAGAUUUUGUCUGUAAUGUUUUCUUGUGUAAAUUGAAGUUGAAUGAUACUGGUAAAUGUCAUGACUGUAAACAUGAGGAAAAUGACUUCUAGUUCAGUGAAUGACUUUGAACCAAACUGAACCUUCUCAAGCACAGUUUAAUACUUUGGCAACUACUGAAUGCUCAAGUAACAUAAUGAAGUACUUAAUUGUAAUAUACUAUGGAAAUGCAUUCAGAUGGUUAUUUU